AGCGAACACUUCAAGUAAUUGUCAAUUAUGAUUUUCUAACACCUAAAUUUUUUUAAAUAUUUUAUUUUCAGUAAAAAGUUUACUUUAAUUUAUUAAAUAUGGAAAUUUGUCCUCCAGCAGUAUCGCGAUCUAAAAUUCCCCGUUCAAUAAUUACAAUAAAAAAUACGAUUUGCUUAGGUCACGAAGACUCUUGCAAUUGUUGCUGUUGCUCCAAUCCUCAACCGGCAUAUCUUAAAUAUGUUCAACCUCCCGUUCCAAAAUCAUUCAAACCCGUUCGGUAUUACUGGAGAAAUGAUAUUCCAUUUGAAGCCAACACAACUUAUAAAUUAUCUUACUGGGAUGGACCGACACCGAGUGGAAAUUCAGUCAAGCCGAUUUUACCCGAAGAUUCUCUGACAGUUGGUGAUGGGAACAUUAAUGAUGAAACAGUUCACAAACUGAGUUAUAUAGGCAACUGGUGUGUGAAGCGGGAAAUUCAAAAUGAAUCUGCGCCUCGGCGAACAGUCGAACAAUGGCUAGGUACAGGACCAAUGCAAGAUAAUACAACAAGUAAAGAUGCUUAUACAUGGAAGUCUAUUGCACGAUCUAAACCUUUCAAAGUAUCUAACAACUUGUACUGUCCUUGCGCAUCUAUAGAUGAUAAUACAACAUACAAGUUAAGCUAUUACGAAUCAGGCUGUGGCAUUCCAGUAUCGCGAUCUUUCAAGCCAAAGAAAAUUUACACCAAGAGUGACGUUCCAAUGGAUGGAUGCACCACUUAUAAACUCAGUUACUGGCCUUACGAAACACCUUGCAAAGAAACUCAUCCAUGGAAUCAAAAAAUAAAAUAUCACGAGCCUUUAACGCCAUUGGAUGACUCUACGAUAUAUAAAUUAAGUUACUGGCCCAACAAUCAGCGUGUCAGAAAACCAUUCAGCCAUUCAGCUAGACAAACGAAUAAUUUAUUAAACACUGGGCAAGGUUUUGACGAAAAUACGACAUACAAGCUCAGCUAUUUUGCGUGCGGAGAUAACGUUCAGAGAAAACCAAUUAAACCGGUCGCUAAACCCAGUGAAUUAUCAAAAAGCCCUUUGGCUGAUGACACUGUGCAUAAAUUGAGUUAUUUGGGAAACUAUAGAGUAAAACCAGAGCAACCAAUAAUACCUGGUAGCUCUAUUGAAAAUUGGUUUGAAAGUGGACCGAUGCAGAAUUCAACGACUCAGAAAAAUGAUUUUUCAUGGAAGUGCAGCGAACCUGGGCCAAUGGCUUCUAAACCAGAAGAUAAUCUUGGAUUUUCAUCUAUGCCCCUCGAGUGCUGUACUACACAUAAACUGUCGUACUAUCCCAAUGAUCUUAAUGGAUUGGUGAAAAAUAAAUCAUUCAAACCCCCAGUGGAAAAUAGAUAUCGGCAGCCCGAUGUUCCUUUUGAAGGUGAAACAAUCAUGCGACUGAGUUACCAGCCAGUGGAUUGCUAUUUACCGCGAAAAAAACCGUGGGCCCAACGUACUGAGUAUCACCCACCUCUCACAUCUAUGGAAGACAAUACCAUUUACAACCAAAGUUACAUACCUCCAGGUACUUUAGAGGCUUUGCCGUGUGACCAACCCUGUCCUCGAUUGCCAUCAGACAUGGGUCAAGAUACGCGUAAUGUUCCUCCACAUUCUUAUUGUGUUGCAGCAUGUUCGUCGUGACUCGGAUGAAGUUUUUUAUAAAUAUUUAUUGCUGUCUAUCCAUUUAUAUUUUAUACUUAAAUAUACAUAUUUUUUUUAUAACAAAUAAAAUUUGAAUAAAUUAAAAAAGUAUUUUUAAGAAAAAGCCAAGCUGAAGAUUGGAGGCUUAACAGGCUUAUAAAUGUUGUGUAAUAAAGGGUUAAAAAAAAUAUAAGUCUUUAAGUGAAGCGAAACGAAGCGGGAGAUUUGAAGCCGCCAAACGAUAUAUUAUUAGCAGAGGAUCGUUGCAGGUUAAAAAAAAAUCUAUAAAUAUAGAUACUCAAUAGGUAUCAGUCGGCCAGGGUAUCAGCGAACCCGAGGAUCAGUCAUUUAUGUCAGCUUCUGAAUUCCAUGGAUCCACAUUUACGAAGGCCAUGUGAAAGUAACGGUCGCUUCCUCGCACUUAACUCAAUUCCUCUGGUGUAAGUUCUUCAGCAUCGUCGUCGGUGUUACGAAAUAUCAUUACAUAUAUUACGAACAAGACGACAACGACUAUUACGGUGUGACUAAGUGUACUGAACCUUUGUGGAAAGGUAGAUAUGAUUUAUAUAUAUGGUAUUCGAUGAUGAGACCAUUAUACUGAUUGAGAGUAAAGGCUUCAUUUUGCUUUGGUACCAUCAGGUCAUCUCCGUUGCUGAGUUAAUUGAUUCUAUCGAAAUGUUUUCACAUAUUUUUCACAAUUUAUGUUCUGUUGAUACUUCA